AUAGCCGAUACACGUUAGGAAUUAACUGGUUGAUUGGGAAUUAAUCUAAGAGAUAAGAUUAUAAAUCUCAUUGCAUCAAGAACUUUUGUGAUAAGCGUUACAUAGUACCUACCUACAGUUCAAAAUUGAAACUUUUGUGAAUUACAUGGAUUAUAUAAAAGGUAUGGUGAGGGUUUGCAAUUAAUAUAGUGUGUAGGCUACAUCACGAAAUAGUACGCGUUUCGUCUGGAAUUUGAAAGAGAAGGUGAUGGGGCAGAAUAAAACUAAGGUGCAGUUACCAUGUCCAAUAGGAAUAGAUCUCGGUACAACAUUUUCGGCAGUCGCCAUAUAUCGCGGCGAAAAAUCUGAAAUGAUUCCGAAUGCUUUUGGAGACAAAUUAACACCAUCAUGCGUAUUUUAUAAUCCCAAUAUUUCGGAGAUAUUGGUGGGAAAAAUUGCCGAAGAACGUGGACUCACCAAUCCCGAGAACUUUAUUUUCGAUAUAAAACGGUUUAUUGGAAGGAGGUACGAUGAUGUGUACGUACAAAAACUGAAGAAUUCCGAAGAAUAUCCGUUUAAGAUAGUUGAGGGAAAUAAUGGUCAAACUGAAAUUAAACUACGAUGUGGCAAAGAAAUCGUGAAAAAAUCCCCAGAGGAAAUUUGUUCUGAAAUACUGAAGAAUAUGAAAGAAUCUGCUUCAGAAUAUUUAGGAACGACGGUUACAGAAGCAGUUAUUUCAGUUCCUGCCUAUUUCAGUAAUGCACAAAAGAAGGCUACAAAAGCUGCAGCUAAACUAGCUGGUUUAAAGGUACUUAAAUUGAUUACUGAACCCGUAGCAGCUGCCAUUCACUAUGCUCAAGAUAAACUCGAUACCGAUUCAACUCUCCUGGUAUUUGAUUUAGGAGGAGGAACUCUGGACGUAUCAAUUAUUAAAGUCAAUGGCCAUUCGUUUGCCGUUCAAAGUGUAGAAGGUGACUCAUUUUUAGGUGGAAGAGAUUUCGACGAAAUGUUGGUCAAUUACUUUAAGCCAACAAUUAAAGAAAAAUUAAAGAACAAAUCAAACAUAGUGAAUGAAAGAUUACUGCGACGAAUUCAGCGUAAUUGUGAAAAGCUGAAAAAGUUACUUUCGGUAGCACGAGAUCAUUCUUUUGAUUUGUACUACUCAGAAGACGAUUCGAUUAAAUUGGAAUUGAGCCAGACACAAUUUAAUCAACUGAUUGAUAAUUCAGUUGAGCGAUCUGCAGAAAUUAUCAGAAAGUGCCUUGCGGACGCUGAAUUAACCACAGGAAGUAUCACCGAUGUAAUACUAGUUGGAGGUUCCACUCGUAUACCAAGAAUUCGAGAAAAAUUAACAUCGAUGUUCGGCUCCAACAAAAUACGUACCAACCUGAAUCCUGAUGAGGCUGUUGCUCUUGGUGCAAGUAUUCAAGCAGGAGUAUUUGGAAAUAGAUAUAAAGAACUGGAGAAAUAUCAAGUGAAGGAAGCUACUCCUUUAUCUUUGGGAUUAGAAGUUAGUGGAAAUUUAAUGAAAAUUUUGAUAGAGAAGAAUUCGUCGCUUCCUAAAAAAUCAAACCCGAAUCGUUACCGCACUAUGACAAAUAAUCAAACAUCUGCAGUUUUUCCAAUUUACGAAGGAGAGAGAAAAAACUGCAAAUAUAAUAAUCUACUGGGAGAGUUUACCAUAGAUGACUUGCCUCUUGGUCAAGCUGGCGAGAUCAGUUUUGAAGUAGUGUUUCAUUUAGACGAAAACGGCAUAUUGGAAGUAUCCGCUCAAGAAACCUCGACAUGCAAACAUAAUAAGCUAACAGUUACACUAGGAGAAUUUCAACUUGGUGUGCGCAAAAUAGAAAGAACAAUCGCCCACGCAAAACAACAUAAGAAGGAUGAUGAGAUGUUUGAAUCAUUUACGAUUUAUUUUUGUAAAGUAAGAGAAAUUUGCGAACGUAUAAUUUAUAAUUUGGAGAAAAUUAAUUCUAACACUGAUCGGUGUAUUGUAGAAUCAGAGUGUACGAAAUUUUGGAAAACCAUAGAAGCACUCCAAUAUACAGAAAUAUUACGGUUGAAAUAUGCCUACAGCUCCUUUAAAAUGAAAGUAUCCCCGUUGACUGCUGGUGUCAUAGACGUGAAUUUUAUCGCUUAACGGUAGAGCAUCUACACCUUGGGUACUGGGUUGUCAUAUAAUAAAAAUAUUAAAGAUUUAUGUUCCAAAAAAAUGGUUCUAAUAAAUUGUUUCCGUUCCACUAAUGAUAUUGUCGCAUAUUGUUCGUAAUACUAUUUUAUGUUAAUGUUAUCUGAAACCUUAGUAAUACCUUAAAUAUUUCACCAAACAUAUUGAUACAACAUGGCAUAAAAUGUAUAUUUAGGGCAGGGAAAUAAACGCAGUAAGGGAACUACAGCUGAAAAAACCGGAAUAGGCAUGAAAGUGGCCACAUCGUUAUCUUAACCAAUACAAAACCCUUAACAAUAACGCAUAUGCAGUGGCGAUAAUUAGCUCAAUAUUUUAAACUAAGUUACAAUAUCCAGUAUUAUAUUAGUUUAAGAUAGAUUUAAACCCUCCCUAUCUAUGGGUUACGUAAAAAUUGAGGUCGAUUUAAUUUUCGUAAUAAAUAUUACUUUAAAUGUAA